UUACAUAUUCUUCUGUUGUCCUCGCUCUCCAUCAUCAUCAUCAUCAUCUUCUUCUUCUUUCUUCCCCGCUCUCUUUAUCAGAUUCAAUUCCCAGCAUCCCACUCAAUAAAUUACAGAAUUGUGAGGGAAAAAAAAAAAAAAAAGGAAAAGAAAAAGAAAAAAGCGGUCUUUUUUUUCUGGGGUGCGAAUUUAAUUUUUUUGUUUAUUUUCCUUUCUUUGAAUUGUGAAAAUUUUUCUUUGUAUUUUCUUUAAGUUUUUUAUUUCUAUUUAUUUUUUAAUAAUACAAUUUCUGUUUUGGCUUUUAGGGUUUUUUUUUGGGUUUGGAAUUGGGGUUGUUUUGAAUUUUCUUUUUCUUUUUUUGGGGUGUAAUGGUAUGAAAAAGAAAAAUGGCGGAAACGAAUCACCACCACCAGCAGGCUUCAAUGUUCAACAACAUACAACAGAGUGGCCAAGUGGAGGAUGAAGACGACGACGUUGCGACCGCGGAGGAGUCAAUUGACAACCCUCAGAUCCGUUUCGAAGAAGGUUCCGGCGUUGCGCCGAUGAACGGCGUCCAAGAUGUUCCUCCCAAUGCUCUUUACGUUCCGAGCUCCGAUUAUCAUCCCGUUGCCGAGAAUGGUGGUUCUGAUCAGCUCACGCUCUCCUUUCAGGGCGAGGUUUACGUCUUCGAUGCUGUUUCGCCCGAUAAGGUGCAGGCAGUGUUAUUACUGUUGGGUGGAUAUGAGAUACCCUCUGGCAUUCCUGCCGUUGGAUCGGUCCCUCUUAAUCAACGGGGCAUAAAUGAAUUUACUGGAAAACCGAUUCAGCCACAGCGAGCUGCUUCUUUAAGUCGGUUCCGGGAGAAGAGAAAAGAGCGUUGCUUUGAUAAAAAGAUCCGUUACAGUGUCCGUAAAGAAGUUGCACUGAGGAUGCAGCGGAAGAAGGGCCAGUUUGUAUCAUCCAAGGUUAGUUCUGAUGAAGGCUCACCUUCAUCUGUUUGGAAUGCAACACAGGGUUCCGGGCAGGAUGAGAGCACACAGGAAACUUUAUGUACGCACUGUGGAACAAGUUCAAAGUCUACUCCAAUGAUGCGUCGUGGACCAGCUGGUCCAAGGACUCUAUGUAAUGCCUGCGGGCUCAAGUGGGCCAACAAGGGAAUCUUAAGAGAUCUCUCUAAGGUUUCAAGCACCGGAAUCCAGGAUCCGUCAGCCAAGGAGACCGAGCAGAGUGAUGGUGAAGCUAAUGACUCAGAUGCUGUAACCACAACUGCAGACAUUGUUGCUACUAAUGGUGACAAUUCAGCAAUGACUGCUGCUGCUGCUGCUAAAAGGUGAAUGAAUGACUAGUUAGUUUGAUUCCCUUGAAAGCAAGUUUCAAUAGCUAUUUUCUUUCUCCCCCCUCAACAUUGUUGUGAAAAUAGGUUUAUCAAAUGUGUAAUGUAACUGGUUCUCUGGAUAUUUUCGUUUUUUUUUUUUUUUUUUUCCUUUUUUUUUUUUUUUUUUUUUUUUGCAUUUAAUGUGUAUAUAUAGUUUAGGUUCUCGAGAAUAAAGAUAAUAAUUACUUUUGGAAUUUAUAUAUUAUUAGCAUUUGUAUAUUU